UAUGGUAAAGCAUUGUUAUGGUGGUGCACAGUUCUUUAAACGUGGAUAAUUAUCGAAAAACAAUUUAAUCGCGUCAGUCAUGAACAUUCUAACUAAGAGUGUAGUGAACAUUGCUAGGUCCUGCCUACAAAAUUCUAUCGGAGGCAUCAGGCCACAGUUAACAAGACUAUGUGCGAAUCCUGACAUUCAAGCAGGCAACCUAUUGAAUAAUGCCAAGUCAAGCAUUGGAAGCAUAAUACAAGGAUUCGAACAGAUAAGACUGGGAUCAUCGUUGCAAAGGAUGCACAGGCUCGGCAGACCCUACAAAGUGUUUAAUAAGAAGAAAAAUCCACUGGAUGGGAAACCGUUCGCGAAAGGCGUGGUUCUGAAGACGCUGAUUAAAAAACCAAAGAAACCGAAUUCAGCGAAUCGAAAGUGCGUUAUGGUGCGGCUUUCGACCGGCAAGGAGAUGAUCGCCUACGUUCCCAAAGUCGGCCACAAUCUCCAAGAACACAACGUUGUGCUGUGCAAGGUGGGAAGGCUGCAAGAUACUCCCGGUGUCAAGAUAAAAUGCGUUCGAGGGAAAUACGAUUUGCCGCAUCCAGUUAAGAAAACGUGAAAGAGUAUACGCGUGGAGAUGGUUGUAAUGUUGUGUAAAAA